AUGGGGUUGGUCGUGCGAUGGAGAAAGGAUGAGGUAGCUCGGGCUCGCACGAUAAGAUCAUUCGUGAUGGGACAAACAAGGUUAGGGCUCGGUGGAGGGUGCGACAAUGCUGAGGUGGAGCAUGCUCGUGGUGGCCUUAAGUGGGAGGCUCAAAGAGAAGUGGUGUUAGGGUUGGGGCUUGGUGGUGGGUUCAUGGUGGUUGGCUAG